AUGCUGUCAAGUGAAAUUACACCCACCAUUGAUCCUUCCCAGCACUAUGCACCCCUUAUUUCAAACAUCAUCAAAACCAGAAACCUCAAGCUAGGGAGAGUCCUCCACUCACACUUCAUCAAAACAGCACUCACCCUUAAUAUCUUCUUAGCCAACCGUCUCAUUGACAUGUACUCCAAAUGCAAUUCUAUAAAUUGUGCCCAAAAAGCCUUGGAUGAUCUUCCAGUAAAAAACACACAUUCAUGGAACACAAUCAUCACGGCAUACUGUAGAAUUGGCCGUUUUGAUAAAGCUUACCAUCUGUUUGAUCAAAUGCCUGAACCAAACAUUGUUAGCUAUAAUUCUUUGCUUUCUAGUCUAACCUAUCGUGGAUUCUACAGCGAAUCCAUGGAAGUCUUCAAAAGAAUUCAAAAUAAGUAUAAUUAUGUGUUUGUCAAUGAGUUCACGCUCGUUAGUUUAGUGGCUACUUGUGCUUGCUUGGGUGCAUUGGAGUUGUUACGUCAAGUACAUGGAGCUGCAAUUUUGAUAGGUUUGAAGUUUAAUUUGGUAGUUUGCAAUGCCUUAAUUCAUGCUUAUGGGAAAUGUGGCAAACCUGAUUGCUCGUAUUUGAUUUUCAAUCAAAUGCACGAAAGGGAUGUUGUGUCAUGGACUUCAAUGGUUGUUGCUUAUUCCCAAGCAACCCGACUGCUGGAUGCUAAUUAUCUAGCUCUUAUACAUAGAGGGAAACUAAUCCAUGGGCGUAUUACUAUAAGUGGCAGCAUGAGUAAUCCUUUUAAUAUGAUUUUAUCGAAUGCUUUAAUUGACAUGUACUGCAAGUGUGGAGACAUGAAAUCGGGGAUGAUGUUGUUUGAGACUAUCCUGGGAAAGGAUAUUAUUAGUUGGAACUCAGUAAUAACAGGGUUUGCUCAGAAUGGGCAUGGGGAGGAAUCACUUGCGAUAUUUAAGAGGAUGAAUGAUGAAAACGUAAAACCAAAUAGUGUCACAAUUCUGGGAGUUUUAUCUGCUUGUAGCCACACAGGUCUAGUGUCUGAGGGACUCCAAAUUCUUGAGUCAACGGAGAAGGAUUUUGGUGUAAUCCCAAAAGCAGAACAUUAUGCAGUCUUGGUUGAUUUGCUUGGAAGAAAAAAUAGACUCAAAGAAGCAUUGAAGUUGAUUGAAGAAGCUCCUAAUGGACCGAACCACGUUGGGAUGUGGGGCUCACUUUUGGCUGCUUGUCGGGUCCAUGGGAAUUUGGGUCUCGCUAGAAGGGCAGCAGAAGCCUUGUUUAUGCUGGAACCUGAAAAUACUGCUAGAUUUGUUAUGCUGUCCAACAUUUAUGCUGCAGCUGGAAAAUGGGAUGAUGCCCAUCAAGUGAGGUGGUUCAUGGAAGAGAGGCGGUUGAGGAAAGAAGCAGGUUCUAGUUGGAUUGAGGUGAGGAAUUCUAGACAUGAGUUUGUAGCUAAAGGCAGAGUCCAUUAUCAGAUAGAAGAAAUAUAUGAGUUGCUUCACAAACUUGUAGAUCAGAUGAAAGAUGAUGGAUAUAUACCCAUUAUUGAAAACUCAUUUUUUCCCAGAAGAUGA